GGGUUUUCUUCCUCUGUCUUAGCAAUGUCUGGUCGCGGCAAGGGCGGGAAAGGCCUGGGCAAAGGCGGCGCCAAGCGCCACCGCAAGGUCCUGCGCGACAACAUCCAGGGCAUCACCAAGCCCGCCAUCCGCCGCCUGGCCCGGCGCGGAGGAGUCAAGCGCAUCUCCGGCCUCAUCUACGAGGAGACCCGCGGGGUGCUGAAGGUGUUCCUG